AUGCCUCCAAUACCAGAUUUAGAAUUGAUGUCAAAUAGAGAAUUAGUAGAACUGUUAAAAGAAUAUGGUAUAAGUAGUGGGCCAAUAGUUGGCUCAACAAGAAAGAUUUAUGAAAAGAAGCUGUUACAGAAAUUAACUGGUGAAGAAAUAAAGUCUCAAUAUGCUCCAGCCCCCCAUGAUGAUAGUGAAGAGGACGUUCCACCCAGUCCAGCAUAUAAAGAUCUAUCUGAUAGUAGAUCUCAACCAAGAAAAAGAGGAUUUAGAAGUGGAACUCCAGAAAAUGUGGAACCUUUAAAUGAAUCUUAUAGAAGAUCACCAAGAUUAAAUAAAAAACCAAUGAAAUUUACCAGUACCCCAAUCCAGAAACCAGGCAAUACAGACCAGGACUCUUCCAAAAAUUCAUCAUCUUCUGGAGGAAUUCCUUUAUGGAUUAAAAUAGUACUCAUCCUUAUAGCUAUUGUAAUCGGCUACCUUGUGUUGCAGAAUAUGGAAAUAUCAGUUGAUAAUAAUAUACCACGGGGAAUUGAGGCUGAAGUUUGAAGAAUUUCCUUUUAAUUUAAAAAGGGUGAAGGCUAAGAACUCAAUAAGCUUCAUCUCAGGUUGUGGUAGACUUUGUAUGUAGAAUCUGUCCAUAUAUUUGUCACUAUUUACAGCUACACAAAGCAUCACAAUUUAAUUAAAAUACAGUUCUGAACAAUUUUGGGUUUGGUUGGUUGAUAUUUUAUUUUUCUUUUGAAUCUAAAUUUUGCAUAAUUUGCUUUUGUGCUUUUUUUCCAUGAUUUAAAUAUACAGGGUUGCCAUACGUUUGACAAAUUUUACCUUAGUCUCAUAAAAAAAAUUUCUGAGCUAAUCAGUAAUAGUGUUCACAGCUCAAUUUGAGCCUUCGAAUCCAUGUGUGGACAGAAUUAUCUGUGUUUCAAAGUUAAAAAUAUGACUCGUCUUUUCUGGAGACUCAUAUUGUGUAUUUUGAAGAAAUUAUGCAAUUUUUGUACAUUUCUAGAACUUUUGAAGACUAUUUAGGUCUGUUCAAGACGCAAAUCAACCCCACAAAAUGGCAAACCUGUCCCUUUUUUUGGGGCUUAUUGUAAUAUUUAGUGCUCUACAUCUUUCAGUACAAUUUAAUGAAUGUGAAAUGUAGAAUGUAUUUUAAUUAAUGAGUUAUUAUAAUUAUGACCCAUUAUAUUUCUAAAAGGUUUGUUAACAUUGUGCUCUGCAUCUUCUUGUUCUUUAUCACAUAGUGUAUGCUUCUAGCUUUUCAAGAUAAUAUGUCAUCAGCAAGAAAUUUCUUAGUGUACUGCAGAUUCACAAAUAUAUAUUAAAUCAUGUCUUGUGAAUGUAUCUUUUGGCACUGUUAUAUAGAAUGUUGAAGAGUGCAAUGUUCAUUUAAGAACUGUCAGGUUCUAUAACAGGGGUUAACGGUUAACCUUUUUCUUUCUAUUACCCCUCUCCUUGAUCUAUUGCAUUACCACCCUUUCCCUAUAAAUCCUUACAAUUUUUGUGUGAUUUCUCUUUUGUUUUCCCUUAAUGUCGCAGAAUACUACCUGACUGAAUAGAGCGUCUUAUUAUCUCCUUGUUUAAAACCCCUGUUCUAUUAUGUACUUCAAAGACAUCAUCUAAUUGUUAAUGUAUAACAAACACUAUGAUAUUCAGCGUUAUAUCAACUUUACCAUUUAUGUUCCUUAAAUACAUUAAUACUGUUCCAAAUAUGAUUAUGCAGAUUUGUAAAUGUUGCUGUCAAAUAGAUCUUUUCAUAUAUUUGAUAUUUCAAUUUGUUAUGCUUUCACUACACUUGUAGACAAGUCCUAUUGAAUCUUCUAUAUCCAAACCUCUAGUGCUAUUGAAGCACAAUAGUGCUAUUGUUUUCUAACGAAUUCAAAUUCUUCUCAUGGUUAAACUUAAAAUUUUGUGAUUGUAAACAUGGUAAAUGAAAUGAAUGGAGUUUAUGUCCUAUUGUAAACAUGGUAAAGAGGUUCUCUAAAAUUUGUAUGCAUCGUGGACACUGAUAUCAUCGAUUUGCACCAUACAAUUUUUCAAUAAGAUGCCUGGGCAACAUAAAAGUGACGUCAUCAUACACUUUGUUUUAGUGGAGUCUAAUUAAAAAUUGGAAUGGUCCAAAUUGAUGCUAUUAGUGUCCACUUAAAAAAUUUAGAAAAUCUCUUUACAAUUCCUUUAAACUUAUUCUGCAUUUAAGUUAGGUGUUGACUCCUAACAUCAUCAAGAUGUAUUUAUGAACUAUAUACUUGAUAUCAGAAGACUUUUAAAUCUAUGUUUAAUUUUGCUAAAAAAAAUCCAAAAAUGUCUAUGUCAUACAUGUAUAAGUUAUAUUUGGUUAUAUUGUCCAGUAUAAGCUUUUUCAUUGUAAAUAAUAGUUUGUUAAUUGUAAAAUACAUGAAGAAUUU